AUGAAAAUAUUCAAACUAGGGCUAGCAAUCUUUCCAAGCAUCGGAUACGGGCAAAGCACCAACAUAUCUACACCUUGCAACGGUGUCCCCAAUCUCGCAUUUCCUGUGAACGCCGCCAAAGGAUGGAGAGCCACAAAGGUUGCGGGAGGUCUGGCACAACCGCGAGGACUCACCUUCGAUGGUGCUGGUAAUCUCCUGGUGGUCCAAAAUGGACUUGGCAUCAGUGCGCAUAGGAUGUUGGCAAAUGGGUGCCUGGAGCCUUCCAAGAUGGUAAUCGCACAGCGGGAUCUCAAUCACGGUAUUGUGUUCAGCCAGGACGGUAAGAUAUUGUAUGCCAGUUCUGCGACCUCGGUCUUUGCUUGGGUAUAUGAUGCAGCGACAAUGAGUGUAUCAGGGAACUCGACGAUUAUGGUAACAGGUAUGGAUACCAAAGGCCACGUCACACGGUCUCUCAGUAUCCCACCGAAAUAUCCAAACCUAUUACUCGUUUCGCAUGGCUCAAACGGCAACAUCGACUAUGGCUCCAUUGAUGUCAAAACCGGGCGCGCUUGUAUCAAAGUCUUCAACAUGACAGCCAUACCUCCCAAUGGCUAUGACUAUGUCAGUUCUGGAACUCAGCUUGGCUACGGCCUUCGUAACGAAGUCGGCCUCGCCUUUGACGCAGCAUCGCACCUCUGGGGCGUUGAAAACUCUGCAGACGAACUGCACCGCACCAUCAACGGUAUCUCGACCGACAUCCACAACGAUAACCCCGCCGACGAGCUGAACUACAUCGGCGACUCAUCCAGGGAAAAUAGGGACUGGUACGGUUAUCCUACCUGCUUCACUGUCUUCUCUCCCUCAACCAUCCCCGGGGGAAACUUUACAGCGGGCGACCAGUUUGUAUUGGAGCCCAAUGCUACCUUCACCGAUACCACAUGCAAAGAGCGCAGUAUAGCUCCUCAAGUUGCGCUACCUGCACAUUCGACACCGCUCGAUGCAAAGUUCAACACAGACUUCUCUGCUCUGUACAUCACUCUUCACGGGAGUUGGAAUCGUGAUCCAGCUGUAGGAUUCAAAGUCAUCCAGGUGCCAUUUGGGCAGGUAAAUGGAAGCUUUGGUCCAACAAGAAAGAGUAACGCUACUAAGGCGUGGGAUGAUGUCUUGUGGAACGAGCGUGUGGAUACGUGUUCCAAGACGAGCUGUUUUCGACCUGUGGGCCUGGCUGUGGAUAGGUUGGGGAGAGUGUAUGUUAGUAGUGACAGUUCGGUGGAAGGCGAGGUUGUUAUGUUGGCAAGGGAGUAA